UUCUCGGAAUUUUGUUCGCAGCACAAAACUAGGAUUGCAUUAAGUUCGUUUUACUUCUUCUUCGAGACGUGUUUUAGCUUUAAAUUGUUCUUUAUGCCGGUCUACUGGCAACAGCUUGGCUUGUCUCCAACUCAGAUUGGCAUCUUACGAGCCGUUUGGGGUGUGGCAUACUCCCUUGGCGGGGUCAUCUUUGGAAAAAUGGCAUGCAAGUGGAAAAUUCGACGUGCGUUGCUGAUGAUGAGCAUUCUAUCCACGGCUGUUACACCACUAGUGUCGUUAGUUCCAAGAAGAACGCACGAUAAGUGCUCGGUGGUAUUGGGAAAAAGCCUGAAUGAAAGCGAACGUCGUAUGAUCGCCCCUCGAGAGGGAAAAAACUCCUUCCAUCCUGGUAACGAGUUGAUCAAGUCUCAGGGAGAAAGUGAAGCGAGCGAGAAUACAAAUCAUCGUAACCAACCCCUUUUCCGUAAAGUGGAAGAAAAGCCUGACAUCCUUGAGUAUUCUAUCUCAAGACUUUCUCUACCAGCGAUAAAUAAACGGACUCCAAGAGAAGCACCUGUGAGUCGCGAUCAUGUCCAUAUCCUUGAAAAAAGUCCACAAGACAUCAAAACCAUAUUUCUCAUAUUUGUGUUCAUUGUCUUUGUUGGAGAACUUCUCGCGUCACCUGCCUUUAGCUUGGCUAAUUCGGAAAUUGUGGACUACCUCGGCGAAAACAGCCGCGAUUUUGGCAAGAUCCGACUGUGGGGCCCAAUUGGACACGUGAUUGCUGCUCCCACCACGGCUCUAUUUGUCAACCAUUACCAUUAUAUGCUUUGUGGGGAGUACCAAGACAACUUUGCUGUUGUCUUCGCUGUCAUUUCUAUCAUGGCUAUGGCUUCGUUUGUUCCUGUAACACAACUUGACGAUCAAGCGACUGAGCACAGCGACAACACCGACCAAAAUGGCGACGGAAAGCCGUUGACUCUAUUAGAGUUCUUCUCUCGCUAUCAAAAUAUUGUCUUCAUCGUCAUGACGUUCUUGAUUGGCUCUUUCGAUGGAGUUACGUACACGUUUGAGUUCUGGUACACCAAGACCUUAGAUGUCACCAACGCCACUUUGGUGUUUGGUUUCUCACGGAUGACCAGCUCGGCGGUCAGUGUGGUGUUCCUGGGCUUCACAGGCCUGUGCGUGAAAAAGACUGGUUACACUGGGGUCACUGUGUUCUCCAUGAUGCUGUUUGUCAUUUGGUUUGUGGGAAUGUCUCUAAUGAAGAACCCCUGGCUUAUGCUUCUUUUUGAUACUGUCAACUACACCGCGUAUGUAACUGGCUUAACAGGCCUUGUCAGUUACUUUGGUGAGGUAACACCCACUCAUCUGAUGGAUACAGUGCAAGGCGGAAUGAACUCUUUGUUUUUUGGAGUGGGUUCUGGCAUAGGAACUGCCUUAUGUGGCUUUUUCAUUGACGCAUUUGGCGCCGUAAAAGCAUUCCGGUUGUUUGCUUUAGGCGGAGUUGUACUAUUGGUUCUGUUUCUCGUCUCCCAAGCCGCAUACUUUUGUCUCACGAGGAGCGAAAAGGAAGAAGAAAGAAAACUGUUGGAAUGAUAGGAUUAUGCUCUUUACGUUGAUAUCAAGGGUAAUUUUAAUUGGGUGUCCAAAGUAAUCCGAUCAGGUUUGCUCCAUCAGGUUUGCUCCAUAACGCUCUGUGACUGAUCCAGAAAAGCCACACCAUCCUCUCGACCAAUCAGAUGCUUCCUGCAGUUUGCUUGGUUUUUCUGAGAGUACUCAUUGGCUAGUUCUACGAUUUUUAGUUGUUGUAACUGGCUACUGCGAUUACUUAAGUUUUCUUUUCAAAGCUUCAAUAAUUGUUUUAAAGAGCAAGUCAAGUAAAUUGGGUCUUUUAAAACCAAAGCCAAUUAGAUGACAUUCUUUAAAGGUUUAAAAGCUGUUUCUCUCUCUCUGCUGAUUACAGCCAAAAUCCCCAGCUGGUUGAUACAUAGGUUAAUUCUCAUUACGAACCUCCCUCACGUGUAUUUAUAUUCAAAGGAGAAUCAAAGUGAGGAUCAUUCUAAGGAGCUAACAACAGCAUAGGACUUACUUUAACACAAUAGAUUGGACACAAAACGCUCCACUUCUCCUUUUUAUGCGGAUUACGGACUUAAAGUAAACACUAUGCUAUCAGUUGAUUAACAAGUAGGUAACUAAGUGAGUAGCUGAUUGUUUUUAUAUGAAGUAUUUACCUUUUAAGGGAAAGAGUAACAGUCACUGUGCUUAGUUUAAAAUGUAAUUGGUGGAACAUACAAUUGCACAUCUUUAAUUUCACUCCAAAAAAAAAAAAAAAAAAAAACGCUUGAUAAAACAAAUGCAGUCUGAGGUAUAUUAUCUCGAGGGAGAAGACAGGUUUGAACUUAAAUCACAGAAUACUGGGCCACUUUAAACUGUCAACAAAACAUGCUACAUAGACCGUGAUAAUUCCAGCUGGGUGGUCCAAUAGGUUCAAGUACAGACCUUACUUAGCGGCAUGUUGUGAGUUAAAUCACUCAAGGUGAACUUUGAACCCUCUUUUUCCCAAUUUCUCAUUUUCAGUUGAGAAAACUAUCGUUAAAGCUCAUUAUCUAAUUCAAUUCCUAUUACAUCAUAUCCUUGAACAAUAUUAACAACCAGCUGAUUUAUGGAAAAGUAUCAAAAACUAGCCAUACAGGAUAGGUACAUACUUUGUAAUCAUGAUUUCUUUCAAAAGAAAGUAAUACUGAACAGAUUGGUACCAUAAAAUGAUGCAUAGCUUAAUAAAACAUGAAUUUUUUUA